UGCACUCAAUCACACCAGCCAUGUUUGCUAAUUUGCAACCUAGAGGUUAGCGAUUACCUAUUUACUGUUUACAUCGGUUUUGACUUCUUCAGCCCUGUCUCACAUCGGAAGCCUAAAGGCACCAGCUUCCUGGAAAUACAGAGAUUAGACAGAUGGCAGCGAAUAACCAUUAUAACUUUGGGGGCCACCCCUCUGUAUCAGCUAACUCAGGAUUGAAGCCUUCCUCAGGGGAAUCUCUUUAUACUAAUGGGUCAUUGUCCUCCAUGAGCUUCUCCCAGCAGGGGAAAAAUCUGAACGGUGACCUGAAUGUGAACGGCAUCACUACUGUAGCUGGGAGUGGUGCACCUGGUGCCCACCCCUCCACCUCUUACUCUCACAUGAGCAACCACCACCAACCCCACCAGAGCAGCCUGGGCUACGACUACCUGUGGGGCCAGUCUCAGUACAGGCCGGCACUGAGUGCUGGGCAUAGGGCCAGCAUGCACCACAAGCAGAGCCCUGGGGCUGCACUCCAACUGCCACAGCACUUCCAGGGCCACGCACAGUACCAGGCCAACGGGGGCCUCGUGGGGCCCCGGCAGCCUCCCGCUACGGCCGCACCCAACGUCUCUCUGGCUGGGGGGCAGUACUGGAACAGGGGCAGCCCCUCCCAGCAGCAUGGUGGAUCUCCCCUGGGGGUGGCGUACAACUCACAUGGCGGGUACGGGGCCUACCAGGGCCAGGGACACCCGGGCAUGGCCCCCGUGCAGCAUCACCAGCAGCAGCACCAGCCGCAGCAGCACCUCCACCACCAUCAGCAGCAGCAGCAGCAUCAUUAUGGGAUGGUGCCCAACGGGAUGUCCUACUAUCAGCCACACUGCCAGCCACCGCCUACAGCUCAGGUCCCACCCCAGGCCCAGGUAAUGCCCCCAGCUUCACAGAACUAUGCUCUGGCCCACCACAGCCCACAGCACCACAGCAUGAGCCGGGGGGCCACAGGGAGCCCUCUUCCUAUGCAGGCGUCCACAGUUCCGAUGAUGCCCUCUGCAAACAUACGGGAGAACGGAGGACCCCAGCAGCGGGACAGACCCUCGGGACACUGUGGCUCGCAGCCCAUUGGUUCUCAAGGGGGUUUGAGCGAGCUGUAUAAGGAUGUUGAUAGCAGCUACAACCUGCUGGAGAGUGUGUCUGUGUCUCAGCACUUACCCAAAACAGAGGGCUUUACUCAGAAGACCACCACCCCUUCCACAGAGGCUUCGGAAAGUGAUUUCAGCCAGGGGGCUCAGCACCUCCCCGCUGACACAGGACGACACAUGGUUAAACAGUACAAAGAAGGAGACACGGGAAGGGAGCCUGCUUCUUCGGUGGGCCCUGCUGCGCCAGGAGGACCUGGUCCUUCAGUGGCCCCUGCUACUCCUUUGGCUCCCUCCAUAGCCCCUGCCCCCCUUACGACUCCCACUUCCCCAAGGGUUCAUACUCCUCCUGUAAUCUCUUCUCCUCCUGUGGUCCCUACUCGUCAAGCAAUUCAUACUCCUCCAACUGUCUCUGUUCCUCCUCUCGCCCCCACCAUAUCUCCUGCUUAUCCAGUGUCCCCUUCUCCCUCGUUGACUCUCACUGUAACUGCUCGUCCAGUUGCCUCCUCAACGGCUCCCACUUCUCCUGUGGCUCACACCAUGGCUCCUACUCCUCCAAUGGCCCCUGCUUCUCAGACAGUUCCUAUUCCUCCAAUGGCCCCUGCUUCUCAGACAGUUCCUACUCCUCCAGUGGCCCCUGCUUCUCAAACGGUACCUACUCCUCCAGUGGCCCCUGCUUCUCAAACGGUUCCUACUCCUCCGUUGGCCCCUCCUUCUCAAACGGUUCCUACUCCUCCAUUGGCCCCUGCUCCUCAAAAGGUGCACAGUCCUCCAUUAGACCCUGCUCCUCAAACAGUGCAUACUCCUUCAUUGGCUCUUGCUCCUUCGGGGAUGCAUACAGCUCCAGCGGGCCCUGCUCUUUCAGUGGCCACCAGCACAACUCAGUGGCCACCUGCUCCUCUUCCAGUCCUCUCUGUUUCUCCAGUAGUCCCAAAAGAAGCUGGGUCUGAGGAGCCAGCUUUCAGUGCAUUUACAACCAAGCUGGAGCUUCCUAUGGCCGGUGGCCCAGAGGCAGUUAAGCUCGGCCUAGUACAGAAUGUAGUGGACGUGGUGGUGGUUCAUAAACAUGACCAGGGGCUAAAUUCCCCAAUCUCAGUGGUCCAGUUGUCGGAAACAUCUCACCUGCUUGGUGGGCUCUCAGAUGUGGAGUUGCAUGCGGACAAGAGUCUAGAUGCCGCUCGGGUCGGUGGGUUGCCCAACGACUGUGAGGGUGACCUCUUGCCGACAGGAUCCUCUCAUGUCAAUGCAUCUAAGGUGGAGGAAAGCAGCGCUCUGGGCAACACCCUCAGCAGCACUUCCCACACUGAAGAUCUGUCUGUUGAGGACCAGUGGGCCACCCAGAUUUCUGAAGAGGCUGAUGAAACCCAGGAUGAGGAUAUACCUGAGAUGGUGGACUUGAGCUCUGCCACUGAGGACUCACUGAUGGAGCCCUCUUUGGACCACUCCUCCCUUCCAAUGAAGUCCUUCAACAAGGCCUCUCAGAGUGCCAUGUCCCUGUCCUCCACAUCUGACAAUGCCAUGUCCUUCCAGUCCUCCACCAGUGAUUCCAACAUUAUACAGGAUUGUGGGGUCCAAGAUGGCCCCAUUUCAUCUGGAGGGGACACAGCGGUUUUGCAUGUGGAGGAGCAGGUGGUGGAAGCAGAGUAUGACCCCAGGGAGCAGUCAGUCAACGAUACAGUGCAGGCAUCGUUGUCACCUCCACCCAGCCGUGCUGUGACCCCAAACACUGGGAGACGCGCAGAAAGGCCCAGAACCCUCGGUGCCAAGCUCCCUUUCUCACAUGAGCGCAAGAGGUCACGGGUCUCCAAGCCCUCACCCAAAACUGGAAAGGGUGCUAUAGCAAAGCUGGAAAAGGUGGGAGAUGGGGAGGAACGGAAGAGGGUGGCUGGAAUGAAAGGCAGUGUAGAAAGUGCCAGUCUUGUCGCGGGCCUGUCCACUACUCGUAAAGAGCCAAUCAGUUUGUCCCCUGAGCCGUGCUCCUCCCACUGCCUCAGUGUGCCCCCCCAGAAACCUCUGAAGGUGAAGAGGGCAAAGAAGGGGCCAGGGAAGGUGCCCCAUGCUCCAAAAGUGGAGGUGCCAGUGGCAGAAGAUGAAGAUGAGAAAGCUUCAGCCAAUGGUGAAGUUCAGAAGAGACAUAUAGCAACAGAAGAGCAAGUCAGAUUUCCCCUGCUGCACGGGUGGAGACGGGAGGUUCGCGUCAGGAAGUGUGAGAAUCGGAUGAAAGGCGAGACCUGGUACUAUAGUCCCUGUGGGAAGAGGAUGAAGCAGUUUCCGGAGAUCAUCAAGUAUCUGAGCAGGCACCCAGGGACAGCUGUUUCCAGGGAGCACUUCAGCUUCAGUCCUCGCACGCCUGUCGGUGACUUUUAUGAGGAGCGGGAGACGCCACAGGGUGUGGAGUGGUUCCUUCUGGCUAAUGAAGAGGUGCCCUCCAUGAUAAUGACUAUUACGGGCAGGCGUGGUCGGCCCCCUAACCCGGACAGAAUGCAGCCCCGCCACCGCCCCCGUGCCCCCCGCAAAGAGGGUGGUCGAGGCCGCCGCCCCGGGAGGCCACCCAAAGUGAAGACGGUGGACAUGCUGAGCAAAAUGGAGGCAAAGCUGCUGAAAAAGCUGGAGUCACAGGAAACUCUGAGCGAAGAAGACAAGGAGAAGCUGAAUAAGAUCAAGAAGAAGAUGAAGAAAAAGACCAGGAAUAAAAGGAAGGAGGACACCAAGAAUAAGAAGAUCCGACAGGAGAGAAGGAAGGUGAAGUCUGAAAAGGCCAAGGAGGCGAAGGAGGAGGAGGAGAGAGGCGGGUCCCCAGAGCACAGUGCCCCCAAACCCAUGCCCGAUCCCAGGAAGCCAGGCCGGAGGAAGAGGGUAAAGGUGCUGGAGAAGGCGGAUGAGAAGGCUAAGCUAGAGAAGCUGAAGCGAGGGUGCGGGGCGCGGAGCAAGGCCAAGGCUUUGGCCCGGGCGCAGGCGGAGGCUGAGGCACACGCCCAGGCUGUAGAAGCAGCCAGGAGGCAGGUGGAGCGCAGGGCCCAGGCACAGCGCCGCCUACAGGAGAGGAAGAGGCAGCAGCUGCUCCUGGAGGAGCUCAAGAAGCCCACAGAAGACAUGUGCAUCACUGACCACCAGCCUCUGCCAGAGUUUUUCCGGGUCCCUGGCCUGGUGCUGUCAGGUACAGCCUUCUCACAUUGUCUGAUGGUGGUGGAGUUCCUGCACAGUUACGGGAAGGUCCUGGGCCUGCAGCUGCCCCAGGAUGUGCCUAGCCUGUCCACCCUACAGGAGGGGCUCCUUGGUGUGGGUGACAGCCAGGGUGAGGUCCAGGACCUACUGGUGAGGCUGGUCAAAGCUGCACUACAUGACCCUGGGCUUCCCCCUCAUUACCAGACUGUGAAAAUUCUUGGAGAGAAGCUGGUGGACUUGGAGCUGAACCGUAGCAGUGUGACGGAGGCACUACGGAUCUUUCUGGAGGCACGCGGGUUUGAGCCAGAUGUCUGUAACAGUCUACGCACCAAGCCCUUCCAGGCCCUCUCCCCCGACUCCAAGGCUGCCGUGCUGGCCUUCCUGACAGAUGAGCUAAAUGCCAGCAACAUCAUCAUCAGUGAGAUUGAUAAGACAUUGGAGAACAUGGCUGUCUACAGGAAGAACAAGUGGGACAUAGAAGGAAAACUCCGCAGGCUGAAAGCUGCAUUAGUGCGGCGGACGGGCCGCUCGGAGGCAGAGCUGUGCCUGGAGGAGCGCCGCCGCAGUGCCAGGGUGGCGGAGGAGGAGAGCCUGAGCCUGGAGGAGGGCAGCCAGCUGGACAGGGGUGUCCGCCGUGCCCGCCGGGAGGAGGGCAAGCUCAGCGAGGGAGAGAGCCCCAGCUCUGCCAGUAUUCCUGAACUGGAGAGACAGAUCGAUAAGCUAACCAAGCGUCAGGUAUUUUUCUGUAAGAAGCUGCUACAGUGUUCCCACAUCAUGCGGGGACUCUCGCUGGGUCAGGACCGGUACCGGCGCCGAUACUGGGUCCUGCCGCACAUCGGGGGCAUUCUGGUGGAGGGAGCAGAGGAGGUCCUAGGGUCAGGUGACAGGCUUGUGAAGGAGGAGGAGCCACAGAGUGUCACUGCGUCCUUCAUUUCACCUGUGAAGACAGAACCAACAGUGGAUCCCCUUGUUUCCCCACCUGCUGCUGCUGCCCAGCCCCCCUUGUCUUCCCCCCUUCCCCCGCAGGAAGACGACCCCCUUCCUGGCACAGCAUCUCUGAUGAGCAGUCCCAGGGGGCGGGGCCGCCCCCGUAAGAUCAAGCCUGAGGUGGAGCUCCACUUAAGAACUGCCAAAAAUCGGCGUCGCAGACGCAGCAGCAAGGCAGGAGGAGAGGAGUCGGCUAACAACAGUUUGGCCAUUCAGAAUGGAUAUGACUUGGCACAGUCUGCCUUCCUGGCCUGGCUCAGCCAAUCUCAAGGCUCGGUCACCGAUGGGCUGUCCAGGGUGUGUUCCCAGGAAGAUGAGAGUGGUCAGCAGGACAGCAUGAAGGAGAUGGCUGAGAAACAGGGACAGUGGUUCAACCUGCUGCCCAAAACCCCCUGUGACCCCUCUUCCCUCUCCCAGUCCCACCUUUCCAGCUCCCCUUCCAAAGAGCAGAUCCGGUCACGAGGGGUUCUGUCUACUCCUUUACCUCUUUGGCAGUCUGGCCUGCUGCUCUCAACUCCAGCACUCUGUCCCCAGGUGUGCUCUACUUCCCUUCAGAAGUUGGAUGGGAGGCAGAGGUGGCACAGUGGCCAGGGCUUGACUACCGCAGACCCUUCUUUCCUUGGCUUCUCCAUCCCUCCAGCGGCCAAGCGGCGUGGCCGCCCCCCCUCCAAACUGCUCCAGGAGAUUGAGCAGAAGUACUUCACCCAGCUCAUCCCGCGCCCUAUCCCGUCAAAGAUGGUUCAAGGAUGGUGGUGGAUCAGAGCCCCUGAGGAGCUGACUGCGCUGGUGCAGGUGCUGCACCCACGGGGCAUCCGGGAGAAAGCCCUCCACAGACAUUUGUCCAAGCACAGCGAGUACCUGGCUGACAUCUGCUCUGUGCCCAAAAAUGACCCCGUCUUCCAGGAGAGGGUGGAGCAGGACCAAGCCCUGUCCCAGGUGGCCCAGCAGCCAUGGGAGGAGUUGGCGUGGGCCAUGGAGGCUGACAUGACAGUGUUGCAGUGGGUGGAGGAUUUGGAGCAGAGGGUGCUGACCGCCGACCUGCAACUGAAGAAGGUUCCACAGAUGGGGAGGAGCAACACUGACGAUAGCAUGGAAACCACCGCACCAGAAACACAGGGUUUCACCGCACCCAAACCGGACUCCAUCCGGGCAGACCUGGAGUACCAUGACCAUGUGGUGGACCCGCAAGAUGACUGGACUGUCAAGACCAAAAGAGAGUGGUCUGGCUUCCUCCGGCUGCCCAACAACCCCCUGGACCUGGCAGUGAUGCGGUUGGUGGCCCUGGAGCGCAGCAUUGAGCGCCGCUACCUGAAGGAGCCACUCUGGAACCUGGCAGAGGUGGUUCGGCUGGCCCCCCUCACCCUGCCCCCGGGGGGGGAGACCCUGCUGGAUGCAGACGGUGUGGAAAGUGAGAUCACCCCACGGUUACGAUUAUGGAGACAGGCAUUGGACCGCUGCCGCAGCUCCGCCCAGCUCUCUCUGUGUCUCCUUCAGCUGGAGCGUUCCAUUGCCUGGGAGAGAUCUGUGGUCAAAGUGACAUGCCUGGUGUGCAAGAAGGGGGACAACGAUGAGUACCUGCUCUUGUGCGAUGGCUGUGACCGCGGCUGCCACAUGUACUGCCUGCGGCCCAAGAUCACCGAGAUCCCAGAGGGAGACUGGUUCUGUCCUGUCUGUGUCCCGGAGGUGAACAGGGAGUCCCAGCGGCCCCGGCGCCUGCCCAGGCCGAGGUCUGCUGCCCGCAAGAGACGGUACGGGGGCUACGGCUCUGGCAGCUCGGAUGAGGAGCACAGCCCCAGGAGGGGAGGCAUGACCACCCGUCAGAGGGACAGCCCUGCCAUGCCCUCCCAUGCCCGCUUCUCUGGGGAGGGCAGCAGCUCUGGCUAUUCCCCUUCCAAGCGCCGGCGCAUGGCCACCCGAAACCAGCCGGACCUCACAUUCUGCGAAAUCAUUCUUAUGGAGAUGGAGGCACAUGCAGACGCCUGGCCCUUCCUGGAGCCCGUUAACCCCCGGAUGGUUCCUGGCUACCGCCGCAUCAUCAAACACCCCAUGGACUUCCUCACUAUGCGAGAGCGCCUCCUGCAGGGAGGGUACUGCAGCUGUGAGGAUUUUGCAGCCGAUGCUCAGCUGGUUUUUGACAACUGCCAGCUGUUCAAUGAGGAUACGUCAGAGGUGGGCGUGGCUGGACACUCAAUGAGACGCUUCUUUGAAAGCCGUUGGGCGGAGUUCUACCAGGAUAAGGACCAAUAGAAAUGUGGGGUGAGGGGAAGGGCCAGGUGUGGGAGAGAGAGCAGGACCCAAGGAUCCAACGUAUUCAUGUGUGGCCCCUCCCCCUUCAUGGACAGUUACUGUUGCUACUAAAACUGCUGCGUGGCCUCUUCUGGCUCAGUGUAUACAUAUAUGUGUAAAUGUAUGCAUAUUUAUAUUGAUUUUUUGUGGUGUUUAUAAACCAGCUACAUUCUACUGGCUGGACAAAACACUUCCACACUCAGCUGUAGAGAGAGUGAUGAUGGGUCUCACACCCCCACCCCCAUCCCCAUCUCCAUACCAUGCUUCUAAAAAGUCCUGAUUCCUCUCCCAGUGUAUGGGGGGAGGUAAAGUUUUGCAGGAGCAAUCAGGGUUUAUUUAUUCCCACGUUCUGUUUUUCCCCGAGUCAUCACUUUACAGAGCAGCUUACAGUGUUUCCCUAAACAUGAAAAUUCUUAAGAAAAUUCACGGCAUCCACACUCAAAAUCAACUUGCAUAUUGCACAAUGUGUUUUUCAUAAAAGGGUGUAUCAUAGCUUUUCACUGAGGGAAUUUAUUGGUCUCCUGGAUAGAGGCACAUUGUUUUCUCAGUUUAUUUUCUAUUAACGUAUGUAUUUAUAUAAUCUCGUAAAUAUAUAUACAUACAUAUGAAGCAAAGAAAUAGCCUGGAUUAUUUAGUAGCAAUAGGUUUCAGUCAGUGUGUACUGACCACUUAUUAGAGAUCUACAAAAUGCAUCAAAUGGCCAGUAUAACUCAAAGGAUAGGACAUAUUUUUAUUUUCCAGAUUUCCUGAUGUGUCAGGUGAUUUAUCCAUUCAACUUCAUGCUGCUUAACCUACAGUACCAUUAGAACAACAGGAGGGCUUCUUUCUAGAACCUGUUGUGAGGUUCACAUGUUCCUGCUGCCCUGUUCCUCUUAGCACUAUAAGGUAAUUUGGAAACAGGAAACCUUGGCUAUCCAGCAUGAUUUCUGUGAAACCUUGUGCACAAGACAAUGAGCAAACAUUUUUAUCUUUUCUGGUUUUACAGUUGUUCUGUGCAAAAGCAAUAUAUUAGUAUUAUACGAGACUCGCUGUCAGAAGGUUGGUGUGAGUCCCGAGAGGGCCUUUACUGAUGUACCUUUGAGUGUGGUUCUUAACCAGAAUUACUUCAUUGAAUAUCCUCCUGCGUAAGUGGAUAAUGUGUAAAAAUGUGACAAGGUAGUUUACUAAGCUGACAAAUGUAAAGACAAAAUACUUGACACAAAUGAAACAGAACAGUUGCUAAUACUUUUUAACAUUCAUGGAACAGUUUUUUUUUUUUU